AUGCUAGACCAGCUCAGGUCGACUUUUGCUUUAUCAAAGGAUAAAUUGGCACCGAUUGUAGACGGCUUCAAUGCUGAGACGAAACAUGGUUUGAAGACCCCUUCCAAAGGUCUUGCUACCAUGAUCCCAUCGUUUGUUACUGCUCUGCCUACAGGAAACGAAACCGGAACCUACAUGGCUUUGGAUCUUGGUGGCACCAAUCUUCGAGUAUCUGCAGUCCGCCUCUUGGGUAACGGUCAAGUCGAAGUUCUCGAAGUGAAGAAAGUCGCUACCAAUGAACUGAAGAAUGGUCCUUGCGACCCAUUCUUUGACUGGAUGGCUGAAGCUGUCAAGGAAUUAGUCACAGUGAAGGCUAAGCAUCUUUUCAAGCCUGCUCAAGUCAAUGGCACCGAAACCUUGUCACUUGGUGUUUGCUGGAGUUUCCCAGUGGAUCAAACAUCCUUCAGCCAGGGUACUAUGCUUCGUAUGGGUAAAGGAUUUAUCUUGGACGGUUAUGAGGGUCAAGACCUGGCCGGGCUUUUCCAUCAAGCAUUUGAGAGAAAGCAUAUCAAUGUCCGAGUGACAGCUCUCAUCAAUGACACCGUUGGUACUUUGGUUGCUGCCGCUUAUGCUAAUCCACAUACUCGAAUUGGAUUUAUCUUUGCUACUGGUGUGAACGCCGCAUACCCUGAGAAACUGUCGAAUAUUGAUAAGCUUGGGUCGGAUGAAAUUAAGAAAUACGGAGGUGAUAACCCAGAUGCUGAAAUGCUCAUCAACACGGAAAUCGAUAUCUUUGGCAAUGAAAGUUAUCUGCCACUGACAAAGUAUGACAAGGAAUUGGAUGCCAAUCACAGCCAGCCUGGAUUCCAACCUUAUGAAAAGAUGUUGUCGGGAGCUUAUCUUGGAGAAAUCACCCGUCUGAUUGCUGUAGAUUUCAUCCGUGAAGGUCACUUGUUCGGAGGAGCCAUUCCUAAAGGCUGGGACACUCCCUGGUCAUUUGCAACUGCGCAAAUGGGAACACUAGAACGUGACACACACCCUGACCGUCAAACAAGCAUCGAGCUUUUGACCAAGGCUUUCGAGUUCCAACAGGCACCAAGUGUAGAAGACAUCACAACAUUGACUGAGAUAUGUAAAAUCGUCGCUACCCGUGCUGCCAGCCUUGUCGCUGUGGCCAUCGCUUCGAUGAUCGAGCAGCAGGAACUGCAUACCGGCAAUGACAAGGACAUCAUUAUUGGCAUGAACGGCUCUACUUAUGAAUUUUACCCUUAUAUGGAGGAACGUAUUCAUAGAUCUCUCAAGGAAUGGUUUGGCACCGAGGUUUCUGACCGUAUACGAUUUGAGAUUGCCCGGGAUGGUGGUAGCAUUGGAGGGGCUUUGAUAGCCAUGUUGUGCGAGAAUUCGUAA